UCAACACCUCAUAACUCCACCAAUAUGGACCCGAUUGACGCAGCUGUUGAAGCUUUAAAAUCCCUAGAGCUGGGAGGACCUCCUAAUAUAUCCCAGGUUGCUCGGGAGUACGGCGUUGAGCGGUCGCGGCUCUCAAAGCGUUAUCGCGGGGUUCAGGGCACUAAUACAUCACGGGCUGAGAAAAAGCAACUCCUUAACACUACACAGGAAAAACAGCUUCUGCAGUAUAUUAAUAAGCUAUAUAUACAAGGCCUACCCUCUAUAAGAGAGAUAAUACGAAAUUUCGCAGCAGAAAUAGCCUAUUAA